AUGACACAUUGUUCUCAUUUGAAUCUCCUAUUCAAUUCAAAUAAUGAAUUACUGAAAACAUAUAACCUUGUCAAAGCAUCAAUAAUCUUCAAUGAUAAAUUAACAUGGAAAGAUAAAAUUCUUUAUUUAAUGGAAUGUCAUACAUGCCAUGAAUUUAAUGCAGGAACAAAUUUUGUUUGUCUACAAUGUGAUUUUUGUGGUUGCUGGGAUAAUAAACAUUUUCAAACUCACGCGAUAGAAAAUAGCCAUUCGUUUAGUGUAAAUAGUAGUAAUGGAUUACUCUUUUGUUUCUCUUGUAUGGAUUAUAUUGUAAAUGAUCAAAUUAUGUUGGCUGAUAAUAAUCUAUCAUUGGAUGAAAUUUCCACAAUUUUAAAUAAAUCACAUCCGCCAGAUCAAAUUAGGAGAGAUGGUCUAUAUGGAUUGGUCAACAUGGGGUCUACCUGCUUUAUGAGCAGUGUAUUACAGAUCCUAAUUCAUAACAAAUAUAUAAUACAAAAGUUUCUUAGUCAGGAUCAUGUUACAUAUUGUACUAUAAAGGAUGGGCGAGAUUGUAUGUUAUGUGCAUUUGAUACAAUAAUAUCAGAAUGGUUUGGCUCUGUAACAGAAAAUAAUAACAACGAUAGUCAUGAUGGGUUUUUAACUUUGUUGACUUGUGUUUGGUCUAUAAAUAAAAACUAUGCUGGUUAUUCACAACAAGAUGUUCAUGAGUUUCUACAAUUUAUUCUGAAUCAAUUACAUAUGGAUUAUAUUAAAACAUCUUCCAAUGGUGCUAAACUUCAAAAGGAUAUUAAAAAUAAUUCUGACACUCUCAAUAAUAGUAACAAUGAUGAUGGUAAGAAUACGAAUAAUAAAGAUUUCAAUUCUUGUUCAUGUAUUGUCCACGCCACAUUUAAUGGGACUUUAAAGAGUUCUAUAGUAUGUUCUGAAUGUGAUGAUAAUUCGAAGACAGUCAUAGAACCGUACUUAGACCUAUCACUAGAUAUAAGUGGCAAGAAAACGUUAUAUGAAUGUCUAGAAAGUUUCCAUAAAAGGGAACAAUUACACGAUUUUGAAUUUCAUUGUCCCAAAUGUCAAACUGAGAAGGACCCAAUUAAACAAUUGACAAUAAAUCAACUAUCACCAGUUUUAAUAUUUCAAUUGAAAAGAUUCAAGCAUUUAAUAAAUGGUAGUAAUGUUAAAAUCAAUGAUUUUGUAUCAUUUCCUCUAUAUUUGGAAAUGAGUAAUUAUUGUUAUGAUAACAUUGAUUAUGGUAACAGUAAUAUUAAUGGUAAUAAUGGUGAACCACGGUUGCCAACACCACAUAUUAUUUAUGAAUUAACUGGAAUAAUAUCACAUAAGGGUACUGUUAAUGAAGGUCAUUAUACAGCUACCGUAAAAUUAUCCUCAGGUCAAUGGUUCAAAUUUAACGAUUCAAUGAUAUCUUUACUCAAAGAAGAACAGGUUUUACAAGAACAAGCAUAUUUACUAUUCUUUACUGUGAAACAAAUUUCUAAAUAA